AUGGUGUCCCAAACAUUUUGGAUAAUGUCCAUAAGAUCUGUGUUACAUCAAAUCAGCAGUGAGUGUACCAUCUGCGUUCGACUGGACCAUCAACCACCUCAGCCGUUGAUGGCCGACCUGCCACCGGGCCGUGUUCAAAGGUGCCGGCCUUUCGCGCGAGUGGGUAUUGAUUUCGCUGGUCCAUUGCAGUUACAAGAAACUCGCCUUCGCAAAGCACGAUCGUAUAAGGUCUAUGUGGCUGUCUUUGUGUGUUUCGCGGUGAAGGCGUGUCACCUCGAGGUUGUGACCGAACUAUCCACGGCCGCGUUCCUUGCGGCAUUCGACCGAUUCGUGGCUCGGCGUGGUCUGCCGUCCGACAUUUUUAGUGACUGCGGGACCAACUUUGUGGGGGCCGACCGACAGCUGCAUACGUUAAUCACAAGCCCGGAGGGACAAUCCGCGCUAGGUAAUUCGCAGCCACAUUGUUCCUGGCAUUUCAACCCGCCCAGUGCAUCACACUUCGGCGGAUUGUGGGAAGCUGCCGUACGUUCCACGAAACGAUUAUUGGUCCGUGUCAUGGGCAAUCAUCACUUCACUUAA